AUAGGGAUAAGUGGCUGCAGUUUAUUAUCUCACGCCGAACAACAUUAGAAUGGAAAUAAUAGCUUUUUAAAGUUUUAAACACAAAUGCAAUGAAAAUGACAAGUAAUGAAAUACCUGUGACGAUUUACGGACAUGAGGCGAGUCCAAUUUUUAUCCAUUUUUAUGUCGGUCUCAUAUGACUUAAUUGAACCUGCCACGCUGUAUUUAGGUUGGAUUAAACUUGAGAUUGUAGUUAUAUUUCAACUUAAGACAGAAUUACAGAAUUAAAGAAAAAGUGAAUUUGACUAACCAAUUUCAGGUGGGUUGACCAAUCUAUGCGACAAAAUGAUUCGAUUGUAGAAGACUAGAAGUGUGCGGCUGUAACCGACCGAUUUGUGUCGACUACUGUCGUAAUUGUCAUUCGUUUGGUUCGAGCGGCAAGUUUAAACCAGAGGGUGGUGUCGGGAGGGGGUUGGAGCUCAUUAAUCACCCGAGCGGAAAACAGACGCGUGCGUCAUUUUUUCACCAGCAAUGUAAAGCCGAUUUGUAUAGAAGAAAAACAACUGCGAGAGCCCCACACUUGUGGAUUUUUUCCCUGUUGGACGACAAAGGGAAUAGAGAAUCAGCACGGGGCUUAUCCUGGCCGGCCAGCAACAGAGAAACGCAGAUGCUCAUCGCAGACCUCAUCAUAUUUUUGGGUGUAACUCUGCUCGUUUUAGUUUGUUCCCUUGUCCACCAAUCAGAACUAAAAGUUUGUCCUUUUUUCUGACUACGUGUCGCCAUUUCGGUUGCCAUUUUUCUGUCAACCUGGGACGAAAAUUCCAACUGUUUCUAACGUCCCUCCUUUUGUCCCCCGUUUCUAUCGAUAGGAAAACUGAAUACGACGGGCAUUUAAAUGACGACCCAUUUCGUCGUUGGAUUCAUAAACCUUCGAACCUCCCGUAGAAAAUGAAGUUCUUUCCUAUUUUCUUCCUUUUGGCUGUCGCUGCUGGGGAGGCCCUUGACGAAAUCUGCAAUUCCCGGAAGACGACAACAAAUCUGAUAGCGAGACGAACUUGGCCCAGUCAAAUUGCCUCGACGACGGCCAAACUGACAACCAACACGACGACGGCCAGUCCAAAGAGCACAACAACCGCAGAGUCAUCCACUGUUUCGACGACAGCACCAACAACAACCACAACAACUGCUGGGACAAGCACGUCGGGCAUCCCGUCGACAACCACCACAAAGUCCAGCAGCACCAUGAGCUCAACAUCAACAACAAUGGCAACAACAACUCCUUUGCGGCCGAUUUUUACAUGCGCCGUUGAUAAUCCAGACUGCGGAAAUAUGUGCGGCGACGCGACAUCGGCGACUACCGGAGUUGUCCAGUCUCCCAACUUCCCCGGUGACUACGGCAAUUAUUAUCAAAGGUUCUGUCAAAUCACCAUCACCGCCCCAGCCGGAUGGAUGAUCCAAUUGAACUUCUCCACCUUCAAUGUGGAAACUGAUGCGGCCUAUGUUCAGGUUGGCGAAAUGUCUAUAACCGGAAACGAAAUUCCCGCUCUAGUCCCCGUAGCAUCCGGGACCAUGUACAUCGACUUUCGUUACGCUGCCAGUAGUAAACCCACCACCGCCAUAUUCAAUUGGCAGGCGACCCUUUCUGUGACGAGCGAUAGGAGUUCUUGUUCCGUUGGUAAUCCAACAUCAGCCUGCAAAAGUAUGUGCACUAAUGCCACGUCAGCGGGCACCGGUGUUGUCCAGUCUCCCAACUUCCCCGGCGACUACGGCAAAACGUAUUAUGGAUGCUCCGUCACCAUCAUCGUGCCAAUAGGAAAGAAAAUCCAGUUGACAUUCACCACCUUCAAUUUGGAGACUUCUGCAGCCGAUCUUUUUGUUUCGGACAAAAACACGGUUUAUGUGUACCCUGUAAGCGGAAGUACAGCUCCUGCAGCAGUCACCACAUCAUCCAACGUCGUGUAUAUGAGCUUUACUUCCUAUGGCAGUUAUAAACCCAACAGCGCCAUAUACAAUUGGCAGGCGACUUACACUGCUGUGUAACGGUGUUUUUCCCUUGACUUUUCUUUCACUCGCUAUGCUUUAUUAACACACAGCGCCGUGAAUUGAAAUGAUUUUCAACUAUAUUAUUAUUAUCAAUUGGCAAAUUUGGCAAAUAAAUAAAUUGAUUCAG